AUGGGGUCGCUGCCGCUCCUCCCUCUCCUGGCCGUCGUCCUACUCCUCUGGCUCCACCGUCGGCGCCAGCGCCGGCUCCGUGCGCCCGCACUCCGCCUGCCCCCGUCGCCGUGGCCGCUCCCGCUGCUCGGCCACCUCCUCCACCUAGCGCGGGACCUGCCGCACCGCGCCCUGCGCGACCUGGCACAGCGCCACGGCCCGCUCCUGCUUCUCCGCCUCGGCGGCCUGCCCGUUGUCGUCGCCUCCUCCGCCGACGCCGCGCGCGGGCUCAUGGUCUCCCACGACGUCGACUUCGCCUCCCGCUACCUCAGCCGCAUGGCCCACCUCUCCAUCCAGCCGGGCGCCGAGGGCAUCUUCUUCGCGCCCUACGGCGCCCAGUGGCGCCAGCUCCGCAAGAUCUGCACCGUCGAGCUCCUCAGCGCCCGACGCGUGCUCUCCUUCCGCCCCACGCGCCAGGAGGAGGCCGCCCGGCUGCUCCGGGCGGUGGCGGCGUCGCGGGCCAUGGUUAACCUCAGCGGGUUGCUGGCAGCUUACGCCGCCGACUCGUCCGUGCGCACCAUCAUCGGGAGCAGAUUCAAGGACCGCGACGGCUUCCUGGAGUUGGUGUCAACCGGUAGCAAGCUGUUCGCCGGGAUGAGCUUACCGGACCUCUACCCGUCAUCACGCCUCGCCAUGCUCCUUAGCCGGACGCCGCCCCGGGUGAGGCAGCACCGCAAGGAACUAGACGAGUUCAUGGACACCGUCGUCCGGGAGCACCAGGAGAACCGCCGGGCAGACGACGACGAUGACGAGGACCUGCUUGACGUGCUCCUGAGGAUCCAGCGGAAAGGCGACCUGCAGUUCCCCUUGUCUACCGACAACAUCAAGUCGGUUGUCGGCGACAUGUUCGCCGGAGGUAGUGAGACAGCGGCGACGGUGCUGCAGUAG